AUGCCGUCGGCAACCACUCCCCUCCGCCACUAUCCGUAUGAGGUAAGUACAAGGCUUUCUAGAUUAAAAAAAAAGCAAAACACAAAAACGUGCUCAUUUCGCGCGAUAAAAAUGACACAUUACAGCUUUAUAAGGCCAGUUUAGACCGGAAAUAAGCAAUUGUCAGUUUCCACUCGUUUUUCGCGAACUAACUAGAGUCCUAUUGGCCAGAGAUCCAUUGUGUUCAGACUUUUCGAGCUGAAUUUGCCCUAGAAGAAAAUCCACGUUUUACCAGACAAGGGACCUAUUUUUGCUCGAAAAUUCUGUCUGAAAAAGGAUAGAUACCCAGAAAAAGUCAUCGGAUUCCCUGCUGACUCACUUUUUUCCGCUUUUCCUUCUUUUAGAUAUCGUCCCGCUCUUUUUCUCAUAUUUUCAAUGACUAAUCCGGACGGAUCGUUGUUUUGACUCCGCCCACUCGGCGUCUCCGCUCCCGUUUUUACUAAGACACGUGCUUUUUUCUGGCUUUUCACAGCAAUUUACGGCUAAAACUCGAGUUCUGCAUAUUUUGUUCAGAUCUUUGACGGUUUUUUUCUGUUUUCUCCCUCGAAUCACAUUGUUCCCUUUCGGCAUGAACACAAUUGCGUGUGCAUGCAUUCGCUGCCGUUCUCCUCCCUGUCACUGUCCUUCUUUCUCUCCCUCUCUCUGCGUCUAUAGGGCAGCGCCUUGUCUCUCGCUCUCUCCUGACAAAUGAGUCAACCGUUGGGCACACACACAAAACGAUAAUUUUUGGGAAAAGGAGUGCGUGGGUGGGGUCGGAGAAGUUAUGAACUUCUGUGUACUUCACCAAUCGGUAGAUUAUUUCAUCGGAACGUCAUCUGAGCUGUAACUUUCGUUUUGCCACCCUCUUUCCUUACUUCGACUCACUCGCGUACGAUACGGAGUGAUAAAAACACGUCACAAAUGUUCGUCGUGCUCUAAAUCGCCACUUUUCCAGAACUCGCAAGCCGAGCCCUCCAAAGCACCGAAAUCGGGAAGCUCAGUCUUGUCGGCCGACCAAAUCAAGAAGGAACCGAUGGAUCGAAACGGAAACGCGUACGACAUGACGCCGCCGUUGGCUCCGACCGAUCGGAUGGCCUACAUGGACCCCGACGUGCCGUGGGACCCGACCCUUCACGGAUUCCAACACCGCCAGCCGCAAGUCUUCACUCCGAUCACUCCGUUUCCGUCGUUGACUCCGGAUCAAUACAAUCGCUAUAUGACACAGGAGCCACAGCCGGAACAGCGAGAGCUGAGAAGAUCAACGAGAACUCGGGGACGGGUCUCCAGACAGAUUCGUGAUGAGGAGGAGGACUACGAAGAUGAGGACGAGAAGACGACGGAGCCGCCGGAGCAGUCGUCGUCCGGAGGAUCCAGUCAGUCGGGCAGACGGGGACCGCAGUCCCACCCGAGGUCCUACAAGCGUUUGUCCGACGAAGAGAAGGUGAGGAUCGGACACACUUUUUCCCUGAUUUUCCCGCGUUAAAGACAAAUGUUGAUCAGAUUUUCGCAAUUCCGUUUUGCAGAGCACGAUCAAGUACCAGGAGAAGCGCUUGCGCAACAACGAAGCGGUUCGUCAGAGCCGUCAAAAGUCGAAAGCGGUGCAGGAGGCGAAGAACCGCGAGUUGGAGAGUCUGAAGGCGAGAAACGCGCGCCAAACUCGCGAGUUGUACGAGAUGCGCAACAAUCUGGCGGCGUUGGCGAUGACGAAGGACGAGUACAGAAGACGUGCUUCGAACUGCGAGCAGCUUCUCGCUCGCAUCAAGGAGGGAAUGUACGUUUGUUUUUCUUAAUUUCAAAGAAGUGUUCAAAAGUGGCUGAUCGCAACGAUCUGAAAUCGUGUCUGUUUGUAAUUUUGAGUUUCAAAAUUACGUUUUCCACCUUGUACUAGAUAAUUCCAAUUUUAAAAACCAUUUUUUCAGGAAAGGCCGCGAGAACACGUGCUACGCAGUGCUUCCGAUUCUCGAAGAAGUGGCCACCUUCCGGGCCUGA